ACGCGCUGCACGUAAAUCGUACUAUUUCAAACAUGUUAUUAAGUUCAAAUAAAUAUAAUAAAGUGACGUCACUAUCGAUCAACCAAUAAAGCUAUGUUUUCUAAUCGAGGAAUAAAACAAAAAUCUUAAUCUCACGGGGUUCGAUAAAUCUUCCCGUGCGGAAAUAGUGAUACACUAUAUAUUUUUGGAAGCACGUCACGGGAUCAGAAGGCCAACACGAAUACUAGCUGUCAAAAAAUCAUUGUACCGAUGCUAAUUAUUUAAUUGAGUCAAUUUAUUGUGUGAGUUGCUGAUAAAGCCAAUUAAUUUGAUUAUUGAAGGAUGGAAAAACAAUCGUUGUAUCCAGGUGCUAACAAUCCUCCGCCUUACUCGGUCGCCACUGCACCAGUAGUAAAUACAUCAUGGCAACUACCUCCUGGUUACAACUCUAUGCAAAGUGAAGACUUGCCUACAUCACAACCACCUCCCAGUUACUACUCUAUGCAAAGUGGAGGGUCAACUUCAUGGCCUCCUCCUCCUGGGUACUAUCCUGGCACUGGUGCACCUAGUUCUAUGCAACCUACUUAUGGUUCUAUGCAACCUGCUUAUGGUUCUGUGCAUUCAACUACAAUAGUUCUGCCAAACACUGUUUUAGCUGGAGGAUGUCCCGCUUGCAGAGUGGGUACAAUGGAAGAUGAUUUUACAUGUCUGGGACUAUUAUGUGCAUUAUUGUGCUUCCCCUUUGGAAUAAUUUACUGCUUGUUAUGCAGAACUCGACGUUGCUCUAACUGUGGUGCCUACUUUGAUUAAUGUGUUACUACAUGGUAACAUAAUUUCAAUCAAGUUGAAAGCUAGAUGCAUUAUUAGGCUAAUUUUAAUGCAGCUUGUGUAUAUGGAAGCAUAACAAUAUGAUGAACUAAUUUUUUACUAGUGUUGUGCAACCAUGAGAAUAUAUUUAAGAUAGUUAAAGGAGAAUAAUGUUCUG